AUAUUCAUUUGAUGGUUAAUAAAGCAAUAUCACUUGGUGAUAACCCAUCAAUAGAGGAAUUUUACGGGUUUCGUGCAAUGGUGCGGGAUGAAGGAUCUAAUUGUUUGGCAUAUGUGCAAGAGGCAGAUAGGAUUCAUGUGCAAGCCAAUUAUAGAAGAGAUGAGCAAAUGUCUGACCAUUUGCAUCCCCCUAUUCGUUGGCGAGGAAAAGGUGGUGUUGCGGGUAGGAAGGUACGUGUUGUUGAGAGAGGUCGAGCGCCUAUUGAAAUGGGUGAAGAUGAUCAAGCCACACAAGAUUUCCAAGUAGCCUCGGAUUAUGAACCAACAAACACUGAGAUUGUGCCAUACAUGACACCACAAACUCCACAAAUUUCAAGGGAUCCAAGUCUUACAUCACUUGAAAAUGUAUUUGGUAAUAAUCAACCUCAACAUUUUGACAACGCCCCAAACUUUUCCUCAUCGCCUGUAGAAGGUAAUGAGUUGAAUGAUUCUAACAAUGAAGUGGAUGGUGAUGAGUUGGAGGAUGCAAAUCAAGGUGCAAGCCAAGGUGGUGAACCAUCGGUGAAGAAAAAGCGUAAAAUUUUUCCUAAGCUUUGUGGGACUGGGAGUCAUCAUCUUAAUCAGCACGGCCAAAAGAAAAAAACAAAAGAUAACAAAGUUUCUGUGUUAACAAAGAAAAAAGGCAAAGGAUGAAUCA